UUGUCCUCUCUUCCCCUCUCUCACCAUUUCCUCACUCCACAAAACACUGACACAUACCCAAAUAUAUGCACAUAUCUAUCGAUCAUAUCGAAAUCUCAAAAAUUUCCUAAUUCAAAACCCUAGUUUCUUUGCUUUUUCAUCAAAUCACAUCCAAAUUCUUGAAUUUUUCUGUAAUGUGUUUAGCGUUGAUUGAAGCAUUGUAAGUUUUGAGUUUUUCUGUGUAUAUCAAUGGCGGAGCGGAGAUUCGGAGUAGGUUACGCGUUAGCACCGAAGAAACAAGCGAGUUUCAUACAAGCAACGCUCGUGAACCUGGCGAGCGAACGAGGAAUCGAUCUAAUACGAAUCGAUACGGAUAAGCCGUUAACCGAACAAGGGCCGUUCGAUUGCGUGCUUCACAAGCUAUACGGCGAGGAUUGGAGACUGCAAUUGAAAGAGUUUUCUUUACAAAAUCCUCAGGCGCUCAUUAUUGACUCGCCCGAGUCAAUCGAGCGGUUACAUAACAGAAUCUCAAUGCUUCAGGUAGCGACCGAGCUGGAUUUUAAGUGCGAAACGGUAUCUUUUGGGAUUCCUAAACAAACUGUAGUUUACGACGCGAAAAUCGUGUCGGCGAGUUAUUUGGAAAGUGAGGGAUUGAAAUUUCCCGUGAUUGCGAAACCCUUAGUGGCUGAUGGUAGUGCGAAAUCACAUAAGAUGUUAUUAGUGUUUAAUAAAGACGGGUUAACUAAAUUGAAACCGCCGAUAGUGUUACAGGAGUUUGUGAAUCACGGAGCUGUUAUUUUUAAGGUGUAUGUGGUUGGGGACUACGUGAAAUGUGUGAAGAGGAAGUCGUUGCCUGACGUGACCGAGGAGAAUUUAGGGAAAUUGGAGAGUUACUUGUCAUUUUCGCAGGUUUCCAAUUUGAAUACUUGCGAGAAAAAUGAUGAUAAGUACUAUAAGUUGAUGAAUUUGGAUGAUGCUGAAUUGCCCCCAUUGAGUUUUUUGACAGAUAUAGCUAGAGGGCUUAGACGAGCGAUGAAAUUGCAUCUUUUUAACUUUGAUUUGAUUAGGGAUAAUAGAGUUGGUAAUAGGUACCUUAUUAUUGACAUUAACUAUUUCCCUGGUUAUGCCAAGAUGCCGAAUUACGAGAGUGUGAUGACAGACUUUUUUUGGGAUGUAUUGAAUAAGAACGAUAAGGGUUUCGAGAGUUUACAAAAGGUUAGUUGUGAGAAGGAGGUUAGGAUGUUGGUUGGGAAUAAAGGGUAUGGCGAGGAUGAAGGGACAUUACCUGUUUCGCCUCUUAAGAGAGAAGAAAAAGAGAACACUAUUCAGGUCUAAGGAUGUGAAGUGCAUAAUUCAAAGUUGCAUGGCAAAGGGUGGCGAAGGGUGGAUCAGAAGAUUUGCUCAAGAUAUGGACUGUGUCGCUGGUUACUGUCAAAACUGCCAAAGUUUCUUUUAGGUAGGGAGUUAUUAGUACAGCAGUGAAUAAGUAGGUUCCUGAUAUGGCCUUUUUUUAAGGCAUUAGAUGUUGUUCUUUGUUGAAACAUGUACAUUCUAUCUUUGCAGUGGAGAUAGGUACUUGCAGAUACUCUUUUCUAGGAAAGUUUAGCUUUCUUAAAGGCAAUUGUAUUUCAUUGGUGACUAUUUCAAUAUGUGCCUUUAACUUUGAUAUCAAUGAAUUUUGCUGUAUUCUCAAUGGU